AUACCACCACGCUAUACGGAUAAGUACUCUUGAUAUGUGAAUUCAGAGCACAGACUAGACUGCAAGCAAUUAUUUCCUGGUUGUCUCUCUCUUCUCUGACUUGUAAUCUUGACACUUGUUCUUGUCAUCUUGUGAACAUGGCAGCAGCAGUGGGUGGAGCUUUCCUCAGUGCAUUCUUUGAGGUGAUUUUCCACAAGCUGGCUUCACCUGAGGUUAUCAAUUUCAUCCGAGGGAAGAAGCUUGACCCCAAGUUGCUUCAAAGGCUGGAGACUACUCUGAAAGUGGUUGCAGCUGUGCUUAACGAUGCUGAGAAGAAACAAAUCCGAGAUGCUAAUGUAAACAAAUGGCUAGAUGAUCUCAAAGAUGCUGUUUACAUGGCUGAUGACUUUUUGGAUGAAGUUUCUACCAAAGCUUCAACUCAAAAGGAGGUAACUAACUUGUUCUCUCGCCUUUUCAAUGUGCAAGAUAGGGAGAUGGUAAGUAGGUUGGAAGACAUAGUUGAUCGAUUAGAGUCUAUCUUAAAACUCAAAGAGAGUCUUGAUCUCAGAGAGAUUGCAAACGAGAACUUAUCGUCUAGAACUCCGUCAACAUCUCUGCAAGAUGGAUUUCACAUAUUUGGAAGGGAUGGAGACAAGAAGGCCAUAAUGAAGCUACUGUUGGAUGAAAGUGAGGAAGUAUCUGUGAUCCCUAUUGUGGGCAUGGGUGGCGUCGGGAAGACUACUCUAGCUCAAAUGGUGUACAAUGAUGACAAUUUGAAGCAAAUUUGUAACUUUGAUUUCAAAGCAUGGGUUUGUGUUUCUGAAGCAUUUGAUAUUUUGAGGGUUACAAAAACUUUAACAGAAGCACUCACUAAAAGAACUUGUGAAAUGAAUGAUCUAAAUUUACUUCAAGAAAAUUUGCUGGAAAAUUUGAGGGUGCAAAAAUUCUUAAUUAUUCUGGAUGAUGUUUGGAUUGAGGAUUAUGUUAAUUGGAAUCUUCUUAGAAAAUCUUUGCUACGAGGGAUUAGGGGGAGCAAAAUUCUUGUAACAACCCGUAGUGAAAAGGUUGCUUCUAUUGUCCAAACAGUCUGCCCUUACUAUCUAAACCAACUAUCGGAUGGGGAUUGUUGGUUUGUGUUUGCGAACCAUGCAUGUCUUUCUUCAGCGUUUGGUGAGAAUGCAGUAUCUCUAGAAAAAAUUGGUAGGAUGAUUGUGAAGAAGUGUAAGGGGUUGCCUUUAGCAGCACAGUCGCUUGGAAGUUUAUUGCAAAGAAAGCAUGAUAUUCGGGAUUGGACUAAUAUAUUGAAUAGUGAUAUUUGGGAAUUAUCUGAAAGUGAAAGUAAGAUUAUUCCAGCAUUGAGAAUUAGUUAUAACUAUCUUCCUCCACAUUUGAAACGUUGCUUUGUUUACUGUUCAUUGUUUCCCAAGGAUUAUGAAUUUGUGGAAGAUGAAUUAAUCUUGUUAUGGAUGGCUGAAGAUCUAUUACCUCCACCAAAAACGAGAAAAACAUUAGAAGAAGUUGGUUAUGAGUGUUUUGAUGAUUUAGUGUCAAGUUCAUUUCUUCAACGCUCAAAUACUCCAUGGAGAGAGUCAAUGUCUUUUGUAAUGCAUGAUCUCAUGCAUGAUUUAGUGACUUUGCUUGGUGGAGAAUUCUACUCUCGAUUAGAAGGACCUGGGGAAGAAAUCAAAAUUAAUGACAAGACACGUCAUUUCUAUUGUCCACUCUUGGAAGGCUUUGAAGCUUUUGAUAGAGCCAAAUCUUUAAGAACACUAUUGUUAACCAAAUGUAGUAAACCGGUGGAAGAGGCACUACAUACUGAGCUAUUGAAGCUUAAGUACUUGAGAGUGUUAUCAGUUCGUGCUUUCUACAAUCCCAUUGUAUUACCCUAUUCUGCAGGCACAUUGCUCCAUUUGCGUUAUUUGGAUUUCUCAACAACAUAUAUAAAGUCAUUGCCAGAGUCAUUGUGUAAUUUGUAUAAUCUGCAAACAUUGAAGCUGGAUUAUUGUUAUGAGCUGACUAUGCUACCCAGUGGCAUGCAAAAUCUGCUAAAGCUGCGCCGUCUUGGUAUUGAUGAAACUCCUAUAAAGAAGAUGCCCAAAGGAAUGGGCAAACUAAACCAGUUACAACACUUACCUUACUAUAUUGUGGGCAAGGAUGAAGAGGUCAAGAUCAAGGAACUGGGAGGGCUUUCAAAUCUUCAUGGAUUUCUUUCAGUUAAGAAAUUGGAGAAUGUCGCCAAUGGUAGUGAAGCGUUGGAGGCAAGAAUGAUGGAUAAGAAGCACAUUAACAGUUUAGAGUUGCUGUGGUCUUCCAAUGAGGAUUGUAUUAAUUCUGAAACAGAAAUGAAUAUACUUUGCAACUUACAGCCUCACCGAAAUCUACAAUACUUGGACAUAAUUGGAUAUAGGGGUACCAAGUUUCCAGAUUGGCUUGGAAGUUCUUACUAUCACAAUAUGAAUAGUCUAAGACUGUCUUCUUGCAAGAAUUGUUGUAUCCUUCCGUCACUUGGACAUCUACCGUCUCUCAAGCACCUGUAUCUGUCAGACUUGAAUGGGUUAGAGAUUAUUGAUUCCAGUUUUUUUAUGAAUCAUAAAUCCUCUUGGCUGACACCCUUUCCCUCCCUUGAAUCUCUAAAUUUUGAACGUAUGCUUUGUUGGGAGGUGUGGAGUUCUUUUGAGGGACAUGCUUUUCCUCGACUUAAGCAUCUCAAUAUAAAAAAUUGUCCAAAACUGAGGGGAGAUUUGCCAAGUGACCUCCCUGCUUUAGAAACACUUGAAAUUGAAGAUUGCGAGCAACUUGUCUGUUUGCUCUUAAGGGCUCCUGUCAUGUGGCAUCUAAAGAUAGUUAAAGCCAAUAAAGUAGUCUUGCAAGAGUCACCACUUACCAUAGAAUAUUUGAGAUUAUGUGAUUGUUCGUCCGUGAUGUCAUUUCCAGGGGAUUGCUUUCCUGCUUCACUAAAGACUCUGGAUAUAAAGAAUUUUAGAAAACUAGAAUUCCCUAAGCAGAAACAGACGCACGAGUUACAACUAGAGUUCCUGGAAAUGCACAGCAGCUGUGAUUCACUCAAGUGUUUCCCACUGGAGACAUUUCCAAAUCUCAAAGAUCUAUACAUCUCAGACUGUGAAAAUCUGGAAUCUCUUUCAGUGUCACAGUUGCGGGAUGUUUCUCUUCAAAAUUUGCAAGACCUUGAGAUCAACAGGUGCCCCAAUUUAGUAUCACUGGCAGGAGAAGGAUUGGCUGCGCCAAGCUUGACUCGCAUCGUCGUUUCAGAUUGCGACAAGUUAAACUCAUUGCCUUGUCGGAUGAAUACUCUUCUCCCAAAGUUAAAAGAAUUAUGGAUUCAUAACUGCCCAAGAGUUGAGUCAUUUCCUGAAGGUGCCUCGUCCAGCUUGAGAGAAAUUCACAUCACCGAUUGUGAGAAAUUGAUAUCACUAGCAUGGCCAUCCAUGGACAUGCUUACCUUUGUCUUCAUCCGCGGUCCAUGUGAUGGUAUUAAGUCCUACCCGGGAGAGGAUUUGUUGCCUCCCUCCAUUGUGUCUUUAGAGCUACUUGAAUUGUCCAGUCUGGAGACGUUGGAUUGCAAGGGGCUUCUCCACCUCACCUCCCUAAAAAAAUUAGUAAUUUCAGAUUGCCCAAAGCUGAAAAAUAUGGAGGGAGAAGGGCUACCUGCCUCUCUAACUGAACUGCGCAUCUAUAGAUGUCCUUUGCUGGAAGAACGGUGCAUCAUGAAGCACCCUCAAAUUUGGCCCAAAAUUUCCCACAUCCGCCGCAUUGCCGUUGAUUGGACACAAGAUUCAUGACCUGGGAUCAUCAAAAGGAUUUUGUUAGAACUGAUAGGGAUGAAUCUCUGCUUAGCUCUGGCUAGCUACUGUUUCUUUGGGGCAUGCUUUCCAGGAUUUGGGACAUCAAUGUGGGAAACUUGCUUGUCAAUUCAGCUGGAAAUGCCAAGCUUGCUGUAUUUGGAAACUUCCUUCUUUAAGGAUUUUCCUUCUCCCAACUCUCUUUCCACUUUAUGCUCUAAAUUUUCUCGGGGCAUUUCUGCAUUUGUCAGUACUUGAAUCAUUUAGAAAGAUGAUAAUGGCACUUCUUGGGCUGUAGCAGUUGCAACUUCUUGAGAAUACAGGCUUUAAGCCAUGAUUUAGCUGAUAGGGACAACUGGACAAGUAAUAAGUACACCAAGCCAUUUAGCUACUUAUUCUGUCUUGGUUCAAACUUCAAACUGACAGGGAUGGUCCCAGGCUCCCAGCCUAUCUCUGUUUACAGAUAAAGUUGGACAUGCCUCUCAGUUAUCAGGAAAUUGUGAACUUGCUGCUGUGGGGCAGGAUGUUCAUAAUGUUUAUAGGGAGUGAGUGAAUCCCAUUACAUUGCACUGUGCGCUCGAGUCCAUGACUGACACCAGUUUUCUAAACUAGAAUGAAGUGCAAGAAAGAUAAUCACAGAUUCACAAAGCUUUUGAGGAAAAAGAUUCAUUCGUGAAGAUGACUAUCAAACUUCCAACAUCAAAGCUUGGGCACAUUCGCUGAUUCGCAGCACAGGAAUCAUCUUAAGGAAUGAGUUCAUGCAAGGCAUUUUGGAUCUUGACCAGAGCUCAUGAGGGUUAAUGGAUUAAUCAUGACCUCUGGGUGAGAACUGAGGUCUUUCAUCUUCCCCAUUUUAAUGGGAUUGCUAAAUCAGACCUGGGUGGAACUGUGGAAGGAAGUCAAGAAAAUUCUGUGUGUGAAACUUAUACUACAAAAUCCCACGCUAAAAAAAUUGAAGGCUUUCAGUUCCUCUCUUUCUACUGCAAAAGAACCACUCUGCUUAUCACCCUGUUGCACUAUAUAUUAAUAACAUGUACUCCCUCCGGUCCUAUUUAUAAGCAACAAAAAAAAAAUUCACAUAGUUUAAGAAAUGUAGUAAAAUUAGAUAAAAUGCAUUAAAUUUGUCUUGAAUCAAAAUAAACUUCCAAAAUUACCCUUUGUUAUUCAUGUUGGAAAGUGGGAAAGAGAGAGAAUAAUUAAUGAGACAUAUUUUACAAGUUAGAAUUAAUAAGGGCAUCAUUGGAAAAAAAUAAUUAAUAUAGUUCAAACUUUCAUUUGGUUCUUAUAAAAAGGACCAAGAUUUUUCUUCUCUUUCAUGCUUAUAAAUAGGACCGGAGGGAGUAUAUGCUUUAUAUGACAAGUGACAACAGUUAUUUAAUAACCUUCUAAUGGCAGCCACAACUUGUUCUCAUGUGCUUCAUUUCAUUUCCUUCUCAUAGUUGCUGACCUGAGAAAACAAGUAAUUCAACAUGACUUUUGCUUGAGACAUUA